AAAAUCAUAUGUGUUGUGUGGCCGGCAUCAUCGCACGUUGUUGUUGUUAUUCUUUGAAUUCUUUCUUGUAAAUUAACAUAACUGACUUCUAUUUCGUUUCCUAAAAAGCAGUGGUUCCACAAUGCCAGGCCCCGAACUGCUGUCCACUCAAGGCCUCCGACAAGACGGCCGCAGGCCUAACGAACUGCGAAGAAUACACUGUAAACUCGGUGUAUUUACUCAACCAGAUGGAAGUGCUUACCUGGAGCAAGGAAACACGAAGGUCUUGGCUGCUGUCUAUGGGCCGCAUCAGGCACAAAAAUCAAAAGCAUCAACCGAAGGUGUAGUCGUGAAUUGCCAAUACAGUAUGGCUACAUUUUCUACAGGUGAAAGAAAGAACCGUCCCCGCGGUGACCGCAAGUCCCAGGAGAUGUCACUUCACUUACGGCAAGCUCUCACCGCAGCCAUCAAGACUGAACUGUACCCACGCUCACAGAUAGAUGUUUAUGUGGAAGUUUUACAAGACGACGGCAGCGCCUACUCUGUCUGCGUGAACGCGGCCACCCUAGCUCUGGUGGACGCGGGGAUCCCCCUGCGAGCCUACGUGGUGUCGUGCUCGGCGUCCAUGGCGUGGCGCGACGGACGUCCGGAGCCGCUGGUGGACGCGGCGCGCACGGACCAGGCGUCCGGCGGCUGUCUGCUCACCGUCGCCGCUAUUACUAAUACUGGCAGUAUAGCCCUCCUGGAGAUGUCCCACCGGCUACACAUGGAUUACUUAGACGUGGUACUCAGCAGAGCGAUGCAGGGCUGCAGAGAUAUAGAGGCUGUACUAAAUCAGGCUGUAAGGGACCAUUUAGCGGAAGGCUGGACCAAGCAAGACGUUGUAACAGUUUGAAAAUAAAUAGUUUAUAGUCA